CCAACCAGCAUACGAGGGAACUGCUUCAGUCAGACUGUCCAAACUUCAAAUGCUUGCCACCCGGUUUGAGGAUCUUCGUAUGGAAGAAAAUGAGACCGUGAGCGAAUUCAACUCCAAAUUAUGUGACAUAUCAAACGAAGCUCAUGGCCUUGGUGAAACUUAUCCUGAAGUUAAACUUGUACGAAAAGUGCUAAGAUCCAUGCCAGACAGAUUCGCGUACAAGAUCACUGCCAUAGAGGAAGCAAGUGAUGUGGACUCAUUGCGACUUGAGGACCUGAUUGGAAAUCUACAAACUUUUGAAAACAAGUUGAACAUCAGCAGAAUGGACAAGGAAAGGAAAAUCGCCCUGCAGUCUGUAUCGGACACCACAACAUCUGUGCCUACUGCUCUUAUGUCAGCACUUGAAGUCAAGCUCACAAAAUCCAUGUCCUUAAUAGCAAAAAAUUUCGGAAGAUUCAUCAAGAAAAAUGGACAUCCUACAAACUCUGAGAGAAAACCCAGGACAUCUACAGAUAAGCCAGAAGUCAAGAAGGGAAUUCGAUGUAGAGAAUGUCAUGGUUAUGGUCAUAUCCAAGCAGAAUGUGCUAACACACUAAAAAAACAAGGAAAAUCACUUGCCACAACUUGGAGUGAUGACACCUCAGAGUCACCAAGGAUUUGUUGA